AUGCUCAAUCGAGAUUAUGUAAAUGGAUUAAUACAUAAUGAUGAUGCUUUUACAUUCUUAAGAUGUGAUCGAUCUUCACCAGCAUUUUGGGAACUAAAGAAAAAGGAAGUUAUGGCGAUGAUCCGACAGUUAGGAUGUCCAACACUAUUUUUAACAUUAUCAGCAGCAGAAACAAAGUGGUCGGAACUAAUUGUAAUAUUAACUCAAGUGUUGGAAAAUAAAGUAAUAACAUUAGAGGAGGCAGAAAAUAUGAGCUAUGAAAAGAAAUGUGAUUUGAUAAGAAAUGAUCCUGUAACAUGCGUUCGUUAUUUUGAACAUAGAUUAAAAUGUUUAUGGGAGAUAUUAUCGGCACCUUGUGGUCCAUUUCAAGGCUAUGAAUUAGAAGAUAAAUAUGUCAGAGUUGAAUUCCAAGUCCGUGGUUCACCACAUGUUCAUGCUCUAUUAUGGUUAAAAAAUGCUCCGAAAUACGACAAAGAUAAACCUGAAUCAAUUGAAAGAUGUACAGAGUUUAUUGAUAAACUGAUUUCGGUUAAUUGUAAGCCAACGGAAUUUUCCGAAGACCUUAUAUGUUUGCAACGUCAUAAGCACUCACAUACCUGUAAAAAAAACGUAAAGGAUGGCAUUGAAUGUCGCUUUGGUAUUCCAUAUUUUCCAAUGAGAAAAACGAUGAUUUUAGAGCCAUUCAGUGACGAUGAAAAGUUAACUAAGAAAGAACGUGAAGAGAUAAGUAAAAAAAGACGAAAUGUAGUUCAAGAACUUGACAAAAUAUCAAAAGAUACAGAUAAUUCAUUAACUUUUGAUGAAUUCUUGAAACAUAUCGAUAUGAAUGAAGAAGAAUAUAUUAAAAUGAUUCGAGCUGGAUUAAAAAAAGCGAAAGUAUUCUUGAAACGUGCUCCAAAUGAAAUCAGAAUCAAUGCAUACAAUCCAAUGAUAAUGUCAUUGCACAAAGCAAAUAUGGACAUUCAGUUCAUUCUUGAUCCUUAUGCAUGCUCAAUGUAUUGUAUUGACUACAUUAGCAAAUCUGAAAAUGGAAUGUCUAAACUUCUAAGAGAAGCAUUGAAUGAGCUAAAAAAAGGCAAUAAUACAGUCAGAGAACGUCUUAGAGUUAUUGCAAAUAAAUUUUUGAAUUCAAGUGAAAUUUCAGCACAAGAAGCUGUCUAUCAUAUAUUAAGUAUUCCACUUUCAACCAGCAGCAGAAGUACUGUAUUUAUUAAUACGAAUAGACCCGAAAACAGAAUUUCUAUGGUCAAAUCAGAUGAAGUUCUUCAGAAACUGGAGCCUGAUUCAAAAGAUGUUUUUGUUCAAGGCUUAAUUGAUAUGUAUAUAAAUAGGCCUGAAGAAAUGAAAAAUAUCUGUUUGGCUGAUUUUGCUUCAUUGUAUAAUGUAUCAAAAAAACAAACAAACAACGUUCAGAUUACGGAAAAUUCUGAUGAUGAAGAUAUCAUUGACAAUGAAAUUGAUGAAAAAAGUGUUGCUCUAAAGAUGAAAAAUGGAAAAGGGUGGAUUAAAAAAAGAACAAAGAAAAAAAUAAUAAGAUUCAGAAACUUUAAGCUACAUCAAGAUCCUGAAAAUUAUUACAGAGAGCAGCUGAUGCUAUUUCUGCCAUGGAGUAAUGAGGAAAAGGAUCUU